AUCAGGAUGUGGAGGUCCUGUGUGUCAUAGGAAGCUGUUGCAGAGCGACAUACAUAACGGCCGUCACACAGGAAGCAUCUUCACAGCUGCACAAACACUGCAUUCUGCAGACAUCAUCCUCAUCACUGAGAAACUGGAACCUUCCAUAUAUAUAUAUUAAAAAAAAAAAAAGAAAACGCACGUGGGAGCAUUAAAGCGCCAAAACAAGAUUUGGAAUCAAGAUCUGACAACUUGUGUCGACGUCUUGGACAUAUAUUUAAUAUUCUCUGCAGGAGUUGAAAUCAACAAGAAGCUCCAAAAAGAAAAAAACGCACGUGGGAGCAUUAAAGCGCCAAAACAAGAUUUGGAAUCAAGAUCUGACAACUUGUGUCGACGUCUUGGACAUAUAUUUAAUAUUCUCUGCAGGAGUUGAAAUCAACAAGAAGCUCCAAAAAGAAUGGGGAACUGCCCCACCAGCUCUCACACAAAACUGACAACCUUAGAAAAUCCACCUGAAGCUGCAAUGCCACCGUGCGAGGAGAGCAUGGUUGUAUCCCUCCAAAACUACCCAUCUUUUGGUCGCACAGAAUUCACUGUGUGCUUUGGAGAAAAACUUACCAUUGUAUCAGACGAUGGUGAUUUCCUGAUGGUGAAAUCUGCUACCACAGGCCGUGAGAGUUACAUUCCUUCCAACUACACUGCCACGGUGACAGACAGGUGGCUGUUCACUGGCAUAAAGAGGAACAAAGCAGUGGAGCUGCUCAUGCUGCCUGACAACCAAACUGGAGCUUUUCUGGUCAGAGAGUCAGAGUCAGACACAGAUUGUUACUCGCUGUCUGUCCUGAAAAGAGCCAGCUCGUCCUGUCUCGGCUGUGUGAAACACUACCGCAUCUCUCGCCUUCAGAAUGGUUGGCUGUACAUAUCUCCCAGACUCACCUUCCCGUCCCUGCACCACCUGGUGGAACACUAUUCAGAGUCUUCAGACGGACUGUGCUGUCAGUUGGGACACCCCUGCUUCAUCCAGGGUUCAGACAAUGCUUCAGCCAGACCAUUACCCACAGCCAUCAGGAGGCCCACCAUCAACUGGAAGGACAUUAGCAGGUCGAUGAUCUUCAGGAGGAAGCGAACGGAGUCAGACAACUCUUUGGUGAGCGAGGGCCUGAGGGAGGCCAUCAGCUCCUACCUCUACAUGACCGAAGGAGACGAUCAAAGCUGGGACAGCUGAGUGUGUGUGUGUGUAUGUGUGUGUGUGUGUGUGUGUGGGGGGGGGGGGGGCGGGGCGGUUAACAGAAGCUGUCCAGCUUGCAGUUUGGCCCAAUGUUAUGGUGUCUCCCACACACUCUCCAUGUAGCAGAGAGAUGGACGCUGGAGCUGGAUCGAUCAGUCUGCUGACAGAAAAUGAUCACCUGCUUUGAUACCUAAUUAUUGUGUCAUUCAGCAAAGCAAGCUGACAUGUUCUCACUCAUUACAGCUCCAUAAUGUUGAUGAUUUGUUCUUUCUCUGAUUUAGUCUCUGUAAAUUGAUUUUCUGUAGUUUUUUUUUACAGAUUUAAUGAACAGAUGUUACCUUAUUCUGUGGGUAAUCAAUUUUUUUACUAUUUGAUAUUUUAUAUACUUAAGUAAUUCAUUGUCAAUGUCAUGAUGUUAUUUGAAACACUAAACUGCUGAUGUGGCA